AUAGAAGAAACAAAGAAUCUAUGGCCACCCACUUCCUACAACAAACUCAGAUCUCACUUUCUCUCUCUAACAUCCCAAUUCACUUGAGACCCUAACAUCGAAUUUAUUCCCAAGUUCUCUAUCUUUCUAUCUCCCUAUCUAUCACUUCAUGAAGUUGAAUAAUCUGCAAUGGACCAUAGAAGAAACAAAGAAUCUAUGACCGCCCAGUCCCUACAAGAAACUCAGAUCUCACUUUCGCUCUCUAAAAUUCCAAUUCACUUGAGACCCAAAUAACUUCUUACCCACAUAUCGAAUUUAUUCCCAAGUUUAAGAAGGAGAGAGAGAGAGAAGCGAUUGUCUCAAUUCAGAUAAAAAAUGGCGACUCUGCAGAAAUUUAAGCUUCUAGCAACCCAGUGCGCCGUAGCGGGAAGCCCAACACGAAGCCCAACAACAAGCCCAGUAAUCCACCUCCGCCGCCGGAAGACUCUGCGGAUGUUCCUCACUCGAAACGGCGGGAGUGGACGGAGGCUACCCUGCCGUGAUCAUGAAUCACCGGAUCGUCUGGGAGAUUCGCCGGAAAAGGGGAAGGAGAUAGUUGUCAGUCACAAGCUUAAGGAUUUGUUUGUGUCUUCGCCGCCGUUUGAAGAUAGGGUCUCUGAGAAAGAGAGAGAUGUUGGAGAGGAGGGGUUUUUACCGGCAACCGCUCGUUCCGGUGGUGUGAGUAGCGAUGGUGGUGGCGGCGGCCUGGCUUCGCGUCGCGGAGGGACACGGCCACUUCGGCCGUUAUCGGCGACGAUUAGGCAACGGAUACUUCGAAGGCCAUGGAGACCCGUACUCAUUACCAUACCCGAGUAAUAUUUGAAAAUUGUACGGAUUAAUGGCAAAUAAAUAAUUUUUUUUAAAAAUUUUCUCUAUCAUUAAUUGUAAUCGCAAUCUGCUGGUUUGAAUUAAGC